AUGGUGUCAUAUAAAGUCCUUUCUGGCGGGGUUUAUUCUCCACUGCCCACAUUUUUCAAGAACGAUGCCAAGAAAUCUCUGGAUCUAGAGGCUCAAGUGGCCCAUGCAAGACAUUUGUAUGAUAGUGGCAUUAAGGGAAUUUUAGUCGGAGGAUCAAUUGGAGAGGCCAUUCAUUUAACAGAGGAGGAGCGGUUGACAUUGAUACGUACUCUCCAUAAGGCUGUCCCCGAAUUUACCAUUAUUGCUGGAGUGAUUGGCUACUGUAUUGAGGAUAUUAUUCGUCAGAUCUCCGUUAGUAAAGAGAAUGGAGCUUCAUAUUCAGUCAUUCUUGUACCAGGGUACUACGGCCCAAGUUUGGUAUCCCAAAAGGGGAUUAUCAGCUGGUUCAAUUCCAUUGCCGAUAAAGCAGAAUUGCCAAUUAUUCUGUAUAACUAUCCUGGAGUGCAAAAUGGGAUUCAGCUCACUUUUGACAGCUAUAAGGAAUUAUCUAGGCAUGAAAAGAUUGUCGGAUGUAAGUUGACCCAUUACGAUUUUACUCUUUACACUUUAGUUGGGAAAAGCACGGAAUUGAGAGAUAAUAAUUUCUCACCAUUUGCAGGGGUAGGGCAAGUUUUAGUCCCAGCUUUAAGUGUGGGAAUUGAGGGAGUCAUCGACGGUCUUUCAACUGUGUUCCCCAAGUCCAUGAUACACCUGUUCAAUCUUUAUCAGGAAGGAAAAACUGAAGAGGCCAGUAAAUUGCAGGAACUGGUCACUGCCGUAAAUGAAAUGACAGCUGUUCUGAAUCUGCUGGGAAUCAAGUAUGCAAUUAAGCACAGAUUCGGCCUAGGAGAGUCGCUAGUGGGUCGUCCACCACUAGAUCAAGAAAUUGAUAUAACUGUGUGGGAUAAGCAUUAUGAGGACUUUAAAAAGUUGGAGGCAUUGGAGGAGAGUUUAUAA